CUAUAUUAUUGAUUCCAUAAUCAUUCACAUCAUUCUUGCUGCAGAGUUUUGGAAACAGAUUCCUCCAAAUGAACCCUAUCGUGUGAUUCUUGGCGAACUGAGGGAUAGGCUGUAUCAGACACGUGAACGCUCUCGUCAAUUGCUAUCUCAUGGGAUCUCUGAAAUUCCAGAGGAAGCAACUUUCACAAAUGUUGAGCAGUUCUUGGAACCUUUGGAGCUCUGUUAUAGAUCACUGUGCUCUUGUGGUGACCGACCAAUUGCUGAUGGAAGCCUCCUUGAUUUCUUGAGGCAAGUCUCCACCUUUGGACUUUCAUUGGUGAGACUUGAUAUUAGACAAGAGUCAGAUCGUCACACGGAUGUCAUAGAUGCCAUUACCAAGCACUUGGAAAUUGGUUCCUACCGAGAGUGGUCAGAAGAACAAAGGCAGCAAUGGCUUUUAUCCGAACUUAGUGGCAAGCGCCCAUUGUUUGGUCCUGAUCUUCCCAAAACUGAAGAAAUUGCUGAUGUUUUGGACACUUUUCAUGUCAUAGCUGAACUGCCAGCUGAUGGUUUUGGAGCAUAUAUCAUCUCAAUGGCAACUGCAGCAUCAGAUGUGCUUGCUGUUGAGCUCCUGCAACGAGAAUGCCAUGUAAAACAACCAUUAAGAGUUGUUCCGCUGUUUGAGAAGCUUGCAGAUCUAGAAGCCGCCCCUGCUGCUUUGUCUCGGCUUUUCUCAAUAGAGUGGUACAGAGAUCAUAUCAAUGGAAAACAAGAGGUCAUGAUUGGAUAUUCUGAUUCUGGUAAAGAUGCAGGAAGAUUCUCUGCAGCCUGGCAAUUGUACAAGGCUCAAGAGGAACUUAUAAAGGUAGCUAAGCAAUAUGGUGUGAAGCUAACAAUGUUCCAUGGCCGAGGUGGGACUGUUGGAAGAGGAGGUGGUCCUACUCAUCUUGCUAUAUUAUCUCAGCCACCGGACACCAUUCACGGUUCACUUCGUGUCACUGUUCAAGGUGAAGUUAUUGAGCAAUCUUUUGGAGAGGAGCACUUGUGCUUUAGAACGCUUCAGCGUUUUGCAGCUGCCACUCUUGAGCAUGGUAUGCACCCCCCAGUCUCACCAAAACCAGAAUGGCGAGCCCUGAUGGAUGAAAUGGCAGUUGUUGCUACAGAGGAGUAUCGUUCUAUAGUUUUCAAAGAACCAAGAUUUGUCGAGUAUUUCCGUCUUGCCACACCAGAGUUGGAGUAUGGGAGGAUGAACAUUGGAAGUCGUCCGUCUAAGCGAAAACCUAGUGGGGGCAUUGAAUCUCUACGUGCAAUACCAUGGAUCUUUGCCUGGACACAAACAAGAUUCCACCUUCCAGUAUGGCUAGGAUUUGGAGCAGCAUUUAAACAUGUCAUUCAGAAGGACAUUAGAAAUCUCCACAUGCUGCAAGAGAUGUACAAUGAAUGGCCUUUCUUCAGGGUCACCAUUGAUUUGGUUGAAAUGGUGUUCGCCAAGGGAGACCCUGGAAUAGCUGCCUUGAAUGACAAACUCCUUGUUUCCAAGGAGCUAUGGCCAUUUGGUGAGAAGUUGAGGGCCAACUAUAAGGAAACCAAGAGCCUCCUUCUUCAGAUUGCUGGACACAAGGAUCUUCUUGAAGGAGACCCAUACUUGAAACAAAGACUGCGGCUGCGUGAUUCAUACAUCACAACCCUCAAUGUUUGCCAGGCUUACACCCUGAAACGGAUCCGUGAUCCAAACUACAACGUUACACCACGACCACACCUAUCAAAGGAAAUAAUGGAGUCAAGCAAACCAGCUGAUGAAUUGGUGAAACUGAACCCUACUAGUGACUAUGCACCUGGUUUGGAGGACACUCUCAUCUUGACCAUGAAGGGUAUUGCUGCCGGCAUGCAGAACACUGGUUAGAAAACGCAGUAGGUUGUUCCGGGCUGUUUUCUUUUCGUUUCCUUCCUUCUACAGAUGGAUUUUGCCCAAUAUAUAUAUUACUUAAUGCCAGCGGGCAAUGUUGCCCAUCGUAUGAUCAUGUAUUAUAAUUUUGCAGCACUUGAAUAUCUUUUGAGGCCAGUGGUAUAUGUUCUGGCCACUCAAGGAGCUAUGGUUCAAUGCAAAAUACAAUAUAUAUAUGCUUUAAAUGCAAUAUGUUCUAUUCGGCUA